ACAGGUCCCUCACUUAACUACUAUCAAGAUGAAGGUUAUGCUCCUCGUCCUCCUUGGCCUGGCCGCCCUCGCCGCCGCCCGCCCCGAUGAGAUCCUUGACUUCGAGGGCGACGACGCCGAGCACGACCAGGAGGGCGAGCCAGGCAAGGCCGUCACGGGAGAGUACAAGUGGGAGAGCCCCGAGGGCAUCGAGUUCGUAGUCAAGUACAUCGCCGACGACAAGGGCUUCCGCGUCCUCGAGUCCAACGCCGUGCCCUCCGCCGGCGGCGUCCGCGCUGACGGCGAGCAGGCCGACCUCGAGGGGGACGAGGACUACGAAGAAGAAGACGAAGACGACAAGUAAAAUGAAGAUCGGGUUGCGUGAAAAUCCUUCUCGGAUCUUUUGGCAUCAUUUCAUGUAAUUUAAUUAAUCAUCUUGCAU